GGAAGCGCGAUGUCCCGGCUGUCUUUAACACGCUCCCCAGUUUCUCCCCUGGCGGCGCAAGGAAUCCCUCUCCCCGCGCAGCUCACCAAGUCGAACGCCCCUGUGCACAUUGACGUGGGAGGACACAUGUACACCAGCAGCCUGGCAACCUUGACGAAGUACCCAGAUUCUAGAAUAAGCCGUCUGUUUAAUGGCACGGAGCCUAUUGUCUUGGACAGCUUAAAACAGCACUAUUUCAUUGAUCGAGACGGGGAAAUUUUCAGAUACAUCUUAAGCUUCUUAAGAACGUCAAAACUGCUGCUCCCAGAAGACUUUAAGGACUUCAACCUUUUAUAUGAAGAGGCCAAGUACUACCAGCUGCAGCCAAUGAUCAAGGAGCUGGAGAGGUGGAAGCAAGAGAAGGAGCAGCGGAAGCACUUGCAGGCCUGUGACUGCCUGGUGGUCAGGGUGACCCCGGAUCUUGGGGAGAGGAUUGCCCUGAGCGGGGAGAAGGCCCUCAUCGAGGAGGUCUUCCCCGAGACGGGGGACGUCAUGUGUAACUCGGUCAACGCGGGCUGGAACCAGGACCCCACCCACGUCAUCAGGUUUCCGCUGAAUGGAUACUGCCGGCUCAACUCGGUGCAGGUGCUCGAGCGGUUGUUCCAGAAGGGGUUCAGCGUGGCCGCCUCCUGCGGCGGGGGCGUGGAUUCCUCGCAGUUCAGCGAAUAUGUCCUCUGCCGGGAGGAGAGAAGGGCGCAACCCAACACCACCAUCAGAAUAAAGCAGGAGCCGCUGGACUAA